CGGGAUUUUGAUUAAGAUGGAGGUUUCAAAAUCUGAUAUCGAUAAACCCUUUAAACUAAAUGGACUUUUCCUUGCUCCAGAUGCUUCUCAGUAUAUACUAUCAAUUGUUCAACGUGUUGAAUCUGGAAAACGACAAAAGGUUCUUCGUAGGCUUGUAGAAACAAUACUAAAACAGAAGAUCGACAACAAUAAAAUUACAAAGGCAUUGUGUGAGGCAGCUGUCAAAGAGUGCCGAGCAGAGCACUCUACAGAUAACGCUGUUCUAUAUGUCAUUGAUGCCUUUUCGGUUCCGUACUUUCGUUUCUCUAAACCCUUAAAGAAGUUUGUUCCAUUUGUCCCUGCUGAUUCAUCCGAGAAUCGUUUGAUAUUUCCAGUGAAACCGGAUGCAAAAGCUUUUAUGUACGCGCAUCGCUAUGAGGUUAUAUAUCAGAGAAUUUUAAGACAUCAAGUAUUCUCGCAAACAGCUGCUCUGGAUGGGUCUCAUAGUACAAAUUAUCGUCUUAGACAGAUUGAAUAUUUACUUGCCUCUGGAUCAAGAAUAGAUUCAGCCGUUGUGUUAGGACUAAUUAGUCAGCUUCGUGAGGGUAAAUGGUAUGCUGAAGAUCCCUCAGGUACAGUACAACUGAAUUUACAACAAGCUAUUUUUCAUGAGGGUUUACUUCCUGAGGGAUCUAUUGCACUAAUUGAAGGUUUCUAUGAUGACAAAAUAUUAUAUGUCACUGGGAUUGGUCUUCCACCUUGCGAAUCAUCAGAAGUUUCACGUCGUGCAUUUUCUGUAAGUAAUCCAUUUGGUGGUUGUGGUACUCCUGAUGCGCCUGCAGCACCUUUAGAUACAAAAAUGCAUAAACUGCUGACAACUACUCAGAAUGAAAAAAUAUUGUAUUCAGAUUUACAUUCAACUAUAAAAUUUAUUUACUUCAAUAUUUUAUUUGCUAUAUUGGAUAGACAACAAAUUCGAAAAUUAACUUAUCAAUUAUUACAAGCUGUGAAUUUCUGUCAUGCACAUAAUUGUAUUCAUCGUGAUGUUAAACCAGAGAAUAUACUGAUUACAAAAUCUGGUCAAUUAAAAUUAUGUGAUUUUGGUUUUGCAAGAUUAUUAACUGGACCAGGUGAUGAAUACACUGAUUAUGUGGCAACACGAUGGUACAGAGCACCGGAAUUACUGGUUGGUGAUACACAAUAUAGUACACCAGUGGAUAUAUGGGCUAUUGGAUGCGUUGUCGCUGAAAUGUUAACAGCUUUACCAUUAUGGCCAGGUCGAUCAGAUUUAGAUCAGUUACACCUUAUUACACAAACAUUAGGUGAUUUGGUACCACGUCACAGAGAAAUUUUUGAGAAAAAUUGUUUCUUUAAAGGUUAUAAACUAGUCGUUCCUGAGAAUCGUGUAAGUUUCACAGUUAUUUAG